AUGGCCGAGCAUGAAGCCGGCCACCGUACCAAAGGUGCGUUGGAGAACGUCUUUGAUGGGAUGUGGAAGAAGAAGACGGAUGCGAAGGAUUACAGUAACAGACUCCGAGAAGGUGAAAGGAAAGAGAGGGAGAAGAUGAAGACGGAUACGAAGGAUGAUAGUCACAGAAUAAGGGAAGGUGCAAGGAGAGAGAGGGAGAAGAUACGAAAGAGCGAACCAGAGCGUGUCAGAUGGGCCGAACGGAAGCCUGAAAAGACGCGGGGGGAUGAAUCGAAACAAAAGGCUGCUGAAAAGGAAGCAAAGGAACGCCAUCGUCAUGAACAAGACGAGCGCCGCCGUGAAAACGAGAAACGAUUUGAACACGAAUAUCGUGAGAAACGACGACAAGAGGAAGACAGGAAGAAGAACCGUAGCUCGCCAAUCCCUGAUAUUCGUGUUCAGCCUCCUACGGCUAGUGGGACUCCCCGCCGUGAACAAGACGAGCUUCGUGAGAGACAAAGGCAAGAUGAGAAGCGAAAGCAAAUUGAGGAACAAAGGCAGGAGGAGAAGCACUGGCAGGAUGAGAAGCACUGGCAGGAUGAGAAGCGAAGGCAGGAUGAGAAGCGUAGGCAAGAUGAGGAACGAAGGCAAGCCGAGAAGCGAAGGCAAGAGGAAGACAGGAAGAAGAACCGUAGCUCGCCGGUUCCCAAGGUUCGUGUCCAGCCUCCUGCAUCUGGUGGAACUCACAUUCCCCAGUCAACUCCAGUGGCUCGCAAUUCUCAGGCCCCUACUGCUCCGAAAUAUCCUCCUCCACCGGCUCCAAAACAGCCGAGCAGACCUAUCCGAGCCAAUACUCCUCCCAAUCGUACACCCCCAAUUGCUCCAGUAGCGCACGACUGGUAUGCACCUCCCAGCCGGCCCCCACCUGUCCCUGAGAAGGAACCUCAUGGGCGUGAGGCUUCACCACCGCGAGAGCCCAGUGUUCGGGCUGCUGAUGAUGCGUCUGAAAAUGGUGCAGCAGCAGACUACUACGAUCAAGCUCCAGGUUCGCCGAUGCCAGGGAGUUAUGGGGAUUAUGAGGACCAGGAUUAUCUGGAGCGGGAAGGAGAUGAAGGAUCUCUCGCUCAUGAUGAGAUACCAUACCCGGAGACACCCCCUUCUCCUGCCAUGGCUGCUCAAGAUCCGGAGAGCGUUCCUUCUCCUACCAUACCCUCAUAUCCAGAUACGCCUCCUUCUUCUGCCAGACCUCCAUACCCAGAUACACCCCCUUCUCCUGAUGUAUCAGAAGGUCCUUCAGGAUCAUCCUCACCAAUCAUGUCGCACGCACCACGCGCUCAAUCGCUAUCAAAUCGUUUUACGCCCGAAUUCUUACAAAGCAUCCAGAUGCCAGCUCCCCAGCAAGCGGCAUCCCCCCCAAUUCCACCACCGCCUCCACCACCGCCUCCUCCACCUCCACCAGCAGCAAGACCACCUCCUCCACCUGGACCCCCUCCACCACGCUCAGCAGGACCACCCAAUAUGGCCGCCAUAUUUGGCGAUAUCCUUGGCCCACGCAAACUACGUAGUGUGGCAGCUGAAGAGAAAAAUGACAGUAGUAGCCCGAAAGCGGGCAAGGUAUUGUACGAAGAAACAGCACACAGUCGCGAGGUAGAAGAGCACGAGCGAGCUCAGGUCAGGGACGCUGGUAACCGUCUGCCAGUAUCAGGAGCUAGUGGAUGGAGUACCGCUUACUCCGCAAAAGAAGAAGCCGAUGAUCGACCAGAACCUAACAGAGCGUUCAGAGAGGAACUAGCGAGGAGAUUGGGCCAAGGUAUUGACACUUCUAUGACGGGGACCUCAAGGGGUUCUGGCGAUAGCUUACUAACAGCAGGCUGUAGGACGUCGAUGAGUGCCAAUGUGUCGCGAAAGCUACAUGAUGAGAGUAUGUUGAACUAUCCCUAG